GAUCUAAACAAUCAACAACACCACCACAAUCACAACAACAACAACACCCAAAGAACCACGAUACACCGCCAUCAAAAUGGUAAACCUGGGGAGACUCAUACAGAAAAUCAAAGAGAAAGCAUUAAGAGAUGGAGACAAUCAAGGCACAGUAUCAGAAGACGACUUCCAAGAAAUCCGAAAGCACCUACAGAUGAAGAUCCCAGAGAAACACCCUCAAGCUACCCCAGAUCAACUACAGCUCAUCUUGGCCAAUAGUUUUUGCAACUACUUUUGGGGCAAGAAGCAAGCUGAGAAGGUAUUUCCAGAAGAGUUUACUCUACAGACAAUUCCAGAGCAACCACAAGAGGCUAUUCAAGUCACACCCAGCAGCGAGCCAGAGACUCAAAGAGUCGCACCACACCCAGAAACUCCAUUAGUCAACCAGUCGACCCCAACACCACAGCAAAGUCAGACCGCUGCCAUCUUUCCCAAUUUUACUGCAGAACAAUGGGUGGCUAUGACCAAAAAUAGUCCAGAGGUUGCAAAAAUGAUGCUUGAACGCAUCAGUGCUACUACUGGCAAAGCCAACCAAUCGAAAGAAAGCAGCAUUCAUCAUGAAUCCUCAUAGAGACCCCAAGAGGGCCCCAUGAAGAAAUCUCAAGAAAACCUCGCCAAUAAUUCUCAAGAAAGCCAGCAGCACCCCAUGCCGAGCCAAUUAGGUGAUCCAAGUUUAUAUCAGCAGUUGAAGGCCAUGAAUACCCCAUCGAUUUAUGCCCCAACUCCUGGCAGUGGACCAGCCCAGCGUCUCGCUGCUGCACCUGUUGGACAAUGGAGUCAAGGCUCUUCAGUAGUCAAGUCUUCUAAUCAGACACAAUACAGCAUAGCCUCCAAGAAUUCCGGAAAACCCAAGUACACUAGUGCAAAGGGUCAACCAAGAGAAGAGAGAUAGAAGUCCCAGGCCAGACAAAGAGAAGGCAUCGAUAAGAGUGGACCCCUCAUCCACACACUGCCCACUCGUGUCGGUGAAUGGCAACCAUACUACAGCGUAUUGGUCAAGGCCCAAAUCAAGCAAGUCUAUAGCCAAUUUGUAGGGCUACAUGGCGAACACGUCAAAGAGUGCCAAAAAUUCUUCGGAGUUCAGUUUGCCAAUAAUUACUUACAGAUAGAGGGCAAGACUGUUCUCAUUCUUCUAGUUCAAACAUUUGAAGAAUAUCAAACGAUCGAAGAGGUACCCUCAGAGAUACGAGACGCACUUCAAGCAGCAUAUGAGUUUUUACAGAUCUGGCUUUUUUCUGGUGUGAACAUAUCAAGACCCAUAUCAGACAUGCUUUUUUGGGUAAUGGGAGACCCAGUUAUCCGCACCCCUGAACAGCCACAUUUGCAAGCUUUCUGUUUAAGGAACCAACAGAAGUACGAAAUGUUAAAAGAAGAUUUAAGGUAGAAGAAACAAUCAGAGGAGAAGUCUCUCCAGUUUCGCGACAGUCCAGGUCACGCGUCCAACCUACCUAGAAAUAUCGACAAACAAGCUAUCAUCAAAGAACAAUACCGAGAAAUCGGUAAUGGUGGACCUCUUCCAUCCUACAUCCUGCGUACAGAUAAGCAAAGAGCACAGAGAUCUAAUAAUGCAUUUGCAUCUUUGGGUGCUGGCUCGCAGCCAACAUCAGGACAAGUCCCAACUCAGGUACCAUCUAUUGGUGAAGGCAUCUCCCUUCUACCCAGUGAAGAAAAUGAGAUUCAGAUACUCACAAAAGAAAUGGAAACAAUGCGUAUCUUCGCUGAUGUUUCACAUGAUGGAAUCACAGACCCAGCUGGAGACUUCGCCAAGAAGUUCCCCGACACGCGCGAAAAGUACAUAGUCGCUCUCUCAAAAAAGGAGAGUUUGGAAUCCAAGGGAAAGGUUGUGACUAGAGUCAUCAAUGGAGGUCUCUCCGUUGAUGAAACUACACAGUUCUCUAGUACCGACCCUCCAAAGACUGAUGAGAUAUCAGGAAAGGAACCAAAAGAGACAAAAGUUGAAGAGGCGAAGGGUGAUUUGGUGGUGCCAGAGAAAAGGGAGGAGGAUGAAGUUGAGGUAUACUGCCCAUAGAUCAUUUGAUCAUUAUUGGCGUGUGAAGGUGUUAAUUUUGGAUCACCUCUUUAGAGGUUUGGGAUGUCUGGGGGAAGACGGUGUAUUUGUUCACCUCAUUGUAGGAAUUCAUACUCUAUUUGGAGUUACUAUUAUAGUUGGGGAUAGGAAUAAUAUUAGAAAUUAAUAUGUUCUCA